UCCCCACAACUCCCCCCAACCCCAUGAACAAGAAGGUGGAGGCUCUGCUAUGAAUCAGUGUGAGGACGGAGAGGAGGGAGCCCCUCCCUCUAAAAGCACUCUGUGUGAGGAACAUGAAGCUCAGAGACCUGGACCUGGACCUGGACCUGGACCUGGACCUGGACCUGGACCUGGACCUGGACCUGAAUCUGGACCUGGACCUGGACCUGGACCCAGCUGUGUGUCCUUCAAGAGUGAUCGGUCUAAGCGUGGAUUCAUUAACUUCAAAGAUGGCCGUCAGUCUGCUGAUAAAAGGGUCCCACUUCAGAGACCAGACUCUACUGGAUCUGGACUCAGCUGUGUGACCUUAAAGAGUGACUGGUCUAUGGACAGACGUAAUGACUUCAAAUCUGGAGCGAUGAGUGCUGAUGAGCGGAUCAACAGCAGUAAACAGGAUUGGAGGCAGAGAUAACUGUACUCAGCAUGUAGUAUCUUCAUGUGUGUCCUGUGUUUGUAGGAGGAUCCAGCAGUGUUUCUACCAGGAUCCACUACAUAGAAUCUAUCACACCAACACUGUGUGUCAUUAUAUUAUAUACACUACAUGAUGUUCUAUUUGUUCCACAGAGUUCAGAGAUCAGAGGCUCCCAUUGGUCAG